AUGGGCGAAGGAAAUAUAGCCGUGCGUCAAAGUGACUGGGGCCUCAGCCAGGCCCAGCGCUCAACGGCUUUCACGCGGCGUUCAUCGAGGAGGGCACGUUCCUCUUCACCUCGGAGUCUGUGGGGGAAAGGCCACCCAGAUAAGAUUUGUGACCAGAUCAGCGAUGCUGUGCUUGAUGCCCACCUUCAGCAGGACCCUGAUGCCAAAGUGGCUUGUGAAACUGUUGCAAAAACUGGAAUGAUCCUUCUUGCUGGGGAAAUUACAUCCAGAGCUGCUGUUGACUAUCAGAAAGUGGUUCGUGAAACCAUUAAACACAUUGGAUAUGAUGAUUCUUCCAAAGGGUUUGACUACAAGACUUGUAAUGUGCUGGUAGCCUUGGAGCAACAGUCACCAGAUAUUGCUCAAGGUGUUCAUCUUGACCGGAACGAGGAAGACAUUGGUGCAGGGGACCAGGGUUUGAUGUUUGGUUAUGCCACUGAUGAAACUGAGGAAUGUAUGCCUUUAACUAUUGUUAGCCACAAGCUCAAUGCAAAACUGGCUGAACUACGCCGCAAUGGCACGUUGCCUUGGUUACGUCCAGAUUCUAAACUCAAGUAAGUGACUGUGCAUACAUGCAGGAUCGAGGGUGCUGUACUUCCCAUCAGAGUCCACACAAUUGUUAUACUCGUUCAGCACGAUGAAGAGGUUUGCCUUGAUGAGAUGAGGGAUGCCCUAAAGGAGAUCAUCAAAGCAGUUGUACCUGCAAAAUAUCUUGAUGAGGAUACAAUCUAUCAUCUACAGCCAAGUGGCAGAUUUGUUAUUGGUGGGCCUCAGGGUGAUGCUGGUUUGACUGGCCGUAAGAUCAUUGUGGACACUUAUGGCGGUUGGGGAGCUCAUGGAGGAGGUGCCUUUUCAGGAAAAGAUUAUACCAAGGUGGACCGUUCAGCUGCUUAUGGCUGCUCGUUGGGUGGCAAAUCCCUUGUUAAAGGAGGUCUGUGCAGAAGGGUUCUUGUUCAGGUCUCUUAUGCUAUUGGAGUUUCUCAUCCAUUGUCUAUCUCCAUUUUCCAUUAUGGCACCUCUCAGAAGAGUGAGAGAGAGCUAUUAGAGAUUGAGAAGAAUUUUGACCUCCGCCCUGGGGUCAUUUGUCAGUAAAGAUGGUAAGCCUAUUGCUAGUUAAAAAUGAGGGUGUGGGUGUAUGUACAUAUAUUUGAGAUAUAUUCAAAUCAAGGUGAAGGUCUGAAGAUUCCUCAGUGGGGAAAUGUUUCAAGUCCUAGAACUGUUGAUGUUAUCUUAAAUUGCCUUUAGUAAAGGCUUAUGUUAAGAACAAUCUAAAACUACAGUGCUCCAUGGCUUAGACUAACCAUCCUAGAAAGUCUUCCACAUUUGAUAAUGGGGAUUUGUGCUUGUGUAUCUAAGGAUGUUUAUUUUACUUAUAAGAAUUAGUACAGAUAAGUGGGAUAUUCAAGGCUGCUAUAAGAAAAUAAACAGGGUGUGGGCAUGGGACCUUGGUAAGUAUGCCAUGAUCUCAGAAGAGCUUUUGAUACUUGCAAUUUCUCAGAAUAAUGACAAGUUUUCAUAUUUGUUGAGCCAAGGAUGGAAAAACAAGAACUGUAGUUACUAAUAAGGACUGUGCGAGGAGUUUGGACACCAGAGAAGUAACAAACACUUCUGCCACAAACUUUUUUCCUAGCAAACCCCAGAGAACUGAACUCAUUUGCCAGAACUCUUGAAAAUGAGUCUUGCUGAUUGUUUUGCUUUAUUUUAAUUGAAUGCUACAUAUUAAGUUACGGACUUGUAUAUUCCAGGGAUCUGGAUCUGAAGAAGCCAAUUUAUCAGAGGACUGCAGCCUAUGGCCACUUUGGUAGGGACAGCUUCCCAUGGGAAGUGCCCAAAAAGCUUAAAUAUUGAAAGUGUUAGCCUUUUUUCCCCAGACUUGUUGGCGUAGGCUACAGAGAAGCCUUCAAGCUCUGAGGGAAAGGGCCCUUCUUCCUAAAUUUUCCUGUCCUCUUUCAGCUCCUGAUCAGUUGCAGUCACUCCUAGUCAAUGACAUGAAUUUUAGCUUGUGUGGGGGACUGUAAGUUGGGCUUGCUAUUCUGUCCCUAGGUGUUUUGUUCACCAUUAUAAUGAAUUUAGUGAGCAUAGGUGAUCCAUGUAACUGCCUAGAAAAAAACCAACAACACUGUAGUAAAUAAUGCUUUUUGAAAUUGAACCUUUGUGCCCUAUCACCCAACCUUCUAAAAUCCUAAUUGCAUUGACUUUCCCACCAAAUGCUGAAAAUGUCCUGUAAUGUGCACGUAAAGUACUUGUAGUUCCAUUAUAGCCUCUGUCUGGCAAUGCCCUAGCCCUGUCAGCAUGAAUUUGUAAUGUCUUGAGCUCUAUUAUGAAUGUGAAGCCUUCCCUUACCUUCCUAUAACUUGAUCCAUUUCUAAUUAUGUAGCUCUUUGUCAGGGAGUGUUCCCUAUCCAAUCACUCUUGCAUGUAACGCAAGUUCCAGUUGGAGCUCUAGCCUGACAAAAAAAAAAAGGCAGUUACCAUUAAACCAUCUCCCUGGUGCUUAUGCUCUUAAUUGCCAUCUCUUAAAUAGCACCAAAUCAAAAUCUCUCCACUUUUCAGCUGUCUUUGGAGGACGUACGUAAUAAGGUUUUUAUUUAGUAAACCAACCCUAUGCAUGGUUUCAGCACUAGCCAAACCACCAACUCCUAGCUCUAGAAAAACAGGCACUUGGCACCCUUGUGAUGUCAUACAGAGAAGGUCACAGGGCAGUACCUGAGGGUCUGUAGGUUGCACACUUUGGUACCAGAUAACUUUUUUUUUUUCUUUAUAAGAAAGACUGAGUACUCCACACUGCACAAUAAUUCCUCCCAGGGUUUUAACUUUGUUUUAUUUUCAAAACCAGGUCCAAUGAGCUUUCUGAACAGCUGGUGUAGCUACAGAGAAACCAGCUUCCUUCAGAGAGCAGUGCUUUUGGCGGGGAGGAGGAAAUCCCUUCAUACUUGAACAUUUUCUAAUUGCUUAUUUAUUGUAUUCUGGGGUAUGGCGUAAGUACAGAGAAGCCAUCACCUCAGAUGGCAGCUUUUAAAAGAUUUUUUUUUUUUUUUCCUCAACACCAUGAUUCCUUUAACAACAUGUUUCCAGCAUUCCCAGGUAGGCCAAGGUGUCCUACAGAAAAACCUUGGGUUAGACCUACAGGGGGUCUGGCUGGUGUUAACAGAAGGGAGGGCAGAGCUGGUGCGGCUGGCCAUGGAGAAAGCGGACUUGGCUGGUGUGGUACAGAGAAGCCAGCUUGUUUACAUGCUUAUUCCAUGACUGCUUGCCCUAAGCAGAAAGUGCCUUUCAGGAUCUAUUUUUGGAGGUUUAUUACGUAUGUCUGGUUCUCAAUUCCAACAGUUUAAUGAAGAUCUAAAUAAAAUGCUAGGUUCUACCUUAACUGUGUCCAUUAUUCUUUAAAAGUGUUUUGGUAAUGAAUAUGAUCUAAGAAUAUAUUCCUUAUCCCUGAAUAAUUGUAAACCUUCUCAUGGUUCAGGGAAAUCACCUCAUACCCCUUCAACCAUGACUGCAAGCAUUUCAGUAGGUUUGUAAAGCUGAUCCCUAGCAUGAAGAAAAAUACUCAAGAUUUGAUCUGUUUGUCCAGCACUACCUUUUUGACUGAUAAAAUGGCCAAGAUCCAUGUGUCCUUACUGCAGCAGCCCCUCAACCACCAGGAAUGUUUUAAACUUGUCCAAGAUCAAGGACAAAACAUGGAAUGGUAAUGUUUACUCUUAAGCUUAAACCCAUUAUUUAGCUUUCCACUCUGAAAGAGUCUUAAAUAUGCUUUAAGUAUUAAUUCCUUUAUUAUAAACAGAUGUUAAAGGCUGCAAGUUAGAUGUUCAGUACAUGACACAGUUGGCCAAAUUUUUUGAACAGUGGUGAGGGGGCCAGGUUCUAAUUGAUUUUAUAAGCUAGCUAAAGUGAAAACUUUAACAAAAUAUAGUGAAGAUGCUAUAAGUUUCUAAAACCUUUAUUCUGAGUUUGUGUACAGAGAGGUCUACACAAGAACUACAACCAUCCCUUUUUAAGCCUAGGAGCUAAAAGUACAGACAGCUACUUGGCAUGUUUACACGAGCAUGUAUGAAAAUCAAAUGGUUCAACUUUUUACUACUGACCUAUAAAUGUGAGUGAGACCCAAGAAAUGUUUAAUUACACCUAUUUGGAGGCUUAAAAAUUUAUGUUAGGAGGGGAGCCAAAGUUAAAUCUGUGUUUAAAAAGUUUCAAAAAGCUUUUUUAAGAGAAUGAACAACACAUUGCUGUCAAAACAACCAUGCUGGUCUGAUAAGGAAUGAUUCGGGAAGAGUUGGGUGCCUAUAGGCUGGUGGGACAGCGCCAGGGAAAUUGUUAGGUUCAGUACUUGCUAAGAAGAUAAACUGGACCUUAAGGAGCUUGGGGAAGGAUAUUUGCAAAGGACCUGUCUUCUGCCUAAUGGGGAAGAAGAUUCUAAAGGUGAA